AGCCAACCAAGCCAACGCAUAUAUACAGCAAAAAAUGGCUCGCAGGCCAGGACACGCCGAGCCAACAUCACGUCCACCAUUACCGCCGCCACAUCCAACAGUUGAACCAAAGCCAUCUCUGCCGCGCCUCAACUUUGACGCCCUCCGCCAAUGGUCGGACUCAGGCAAAGUCAACCAUGCAUCCACCAGCCACCGGCGCUACCGCCUAGGCCGCUGGCACUCCCGAACCACCAGCUGCUCCUGGAACCCGCCAACCAGCAACCACCCACAAACCCCCGAACAACCCAUGCGCCCGCUCUCCAUCGACAUCAGCCAUAAACCCAGCGAGUCCCGUCGCAGCUCCUCGAUCAUCAGCUCAAACUCCGUAUGGCCGAUGCCCAAUACCGCCGGGGAAGACUCAGCCCAUGGGGGCAAUGGCCCGUUGGCGCAGAUGCUGCUGAGGGAAAAUGAUGAGAUUUGGAAUAAUCCCCGGUACCGCUUCACUUUUUACUCGCCAGCGACCGGAACCGUGCGCGCCAAGGAUGUUUGCAAUUUGCGCACGGACGCGGCAGACGGGCUGGAGGCGCUGAUGCGCCAAGCGACUGCAGAUACAACUGCAGCAUCACAAACAGAAUCAGGCGAGACAGAGUUGGAGUCAGCCAAGGAUUCCACCGUGGCGGCAGCAAAUGAAAAGCUGCAGUCGGACCGCGGUCCAAGGACAACAAAUAAGCUUGCGCCUCAGCUCUCAGUGACCUCUGCCGACUCGGUUGCAGGCGUCGAACAGACAGUGGAAGAAACAGCAGCAGCAGCAGCAGCAGCAGUGUCCGGAAUGCCGGAUGCCGAACUACUGCAUCCAAAUUAUGCGCGCGGCGCUCCCAAACAGCACCCCAGAAGAGAGCUCCCGCGUCCGCCGCGGAUAAACACCAGCGCGCAGCUGGAGCCGACCAAAUCGGUGCCCAGGCUGUUCUGGAUGGACAUAAUGGAUCCGACAGACGACGAGAUAACCGCGCUGGCGCAGAUCUUUGAUCUGCACCCGUUGACCUGCGAGGAACUGAUGUUGGUGAAGGAGAAGGGUCUGGCCCAGGAUACAUACAAGUCCUUCCGCCACUACGAUAUUGCCUGCUACCGCACAUCCGCCGUAUAUGACACAGAGCCAUUGCCAGAAGCGCUAAUACCUACGGCGCUCGGGCCUGUGCUGGGAGAGAGCCGCAGCAUUAAGGUGGCGAGUAUGCGCCGGCGUCGAUCGUUUUUACAACCCCCAGGAGGCGGAGCGGAGGGCCCCUUGACAUCGUGGGACCAGGACGAUCACCUAGAGGUUAAAUCCUUCGAUGAAAAAAGCUUACCAGAGGACGACCUAGACGAGCCCGUCCCCUUUUACAUAAUAGUGCUCGAAACCGGCAUCGUCACCCUGCACUGCGGCAACCAAAUGCUCAGUCUGACGCCCGACUACAUUGCGUAUUUGCUCCUAGACGACAUCACGGAUACACUGGUGCCGACCACCAGGCUGCUGGAACUCGAGGUUGACGCCAUUGAUGAGCUGGUGCUUAUACUGACCCGUGCGGAGCACGACGACGUGCUUAAGCGAAUCGGAAUCGAGCGUAGGCAUGCCUUGUGGCUUGUUAGACUGCUGCAUGGCAAGGCAGAGGUCCUGCGGUCGGUCGAGCGACGUACACACGCGAAAUCCAGAGCACUCGGCGGUGGUGGCUCGGGGCGGCGGCGAGAGUCUCUGGACACUUUCUCGUCGGACGACCAGCUGCUGACCAGCGACGAAGAAGAGGGCGACCUUUAUGGGUGGUCGCGGCGCACUCCUCGGACCAAACAGGGGGUGUCGCGGACGCCCGGGUCUACACAGCCCGAUGUCACAAAGUAUCUGGCAUCCGUCCAUGACCAUUUGAUUGCAUUGACAGCCAGGAUUAAUCUCGAGCUGACGCAUGCUUCGAAUACGACGAAUCAGUUGGCGACGCAGAUGACUGUGCUGGCAGGUAUCUUUCUGCCGCUCAACCUGGUCGCUGGUAUAUUUGGAAUGAAUGUCAAGGUUCCUGGGAGGGACCGCGAGGACUUGCGCGAUUUCGGGAUUAUCCUUGGAUCCAUGGGGCCUUUAUUAAUCAUCUAACUUGGUUCAAAGCGAUUAGCAUAAACUGGAUUGUAAGGGAUAAUUUGAUAGUCUUGGGGGGUUUACAUAUUAACUAUUAGCUCAAAAACAAUGUUUAUUUUAAAUAAUGUAAUAGAAUAAUUUAGACAAGGCGCAAUGUU